UAACAACAAUGAACAAAAACUAUACAGGCGAACACAAUCUUAAAUAAACAUUUCAUGUUUGUUGUUAUUGAGGAAUUAAUUAAUAUAGGUUUUUUAAAUUAUUUGAUUAUUUAGACAACUAUCACAAUCGAUCACUCGAUAUUUACCCGAGCCAUAAUCGGAAUGUAAUCGGUAAUCGAAGACUUGAAGACUUACAAUGUUACUAUAAGUAAAAAUAAGUUAAUCACUUAAAAAUCGAUAAUUACUUUUACAUAACUUAUGUACCCAUAUGAAAUUAAGAAAGCAAUAUUUAAAAUGUACCAUGCUUAUCGCAUUACAUAUUCACUAACAAGUAAGUUUACAAAUUAAAAUUUUAAUUAUUUCUUCAAAAUAAACGUCGUCAGUAAUGUGUGAACAUGGCAAUAAAAAAUAUUUGACUUUUAAACUACAAUUCACGCAUAGCUACGAGUUAUAAUAAAAUAUAUAUUGUAAAAUGUAUUUAGAUUCCAAUGUUUCGUUAUAUAUUUAAAAAAAAGCCCUGUUCUUUUUUUUUAAUUCAAUUUAUAUUUAAAAAGAAGCGUCGAUCGAAGAUCAAUUGCAUCAAAUGUAAUGUACAUAAAAAUUAGAGUUAUUGCUUCGUGGAACGGAAUGUUGCAGGCUGUGUUCAAAUACUUACCCUUCUCUUAUAUUUAUUCCUGUUUCAUUUUCUUUUAUAAAUACAUGCCGUAUUUAUAUGUAUUCUUUUCUUAUUUUAUACCCACAAAAAGUUCUUCUUAGAUUUAUCAAACAUUUAUUGAAUAAUAUUUUAGAUUCUAAUAGAACUUAGGAUUGAUGUAUUGCAAUGUAUUGCAGUGACUACGUGUAUAGAUUUUGAACGUCAAAUUAUGAUGUGAUGUCGAUUGUGUACAUGGCAUAUUUUCAAUUUCUAUGAUUUUUAAUUAAAACAUGAAAUGAAUUAUUAGAUACCUUUUUAAGAAUGGCAUUCGUGAGUGCAGUUACCGGUGAUGACUCCACUAAAAAGUUUAUGGAAGUCUUGCAAAGUGACUUCAAAACACUCAGUUUCGAGACGAAGAAAAAAUAUCCCCAGAUAAGAGAGGCAUGUGAUGAAGCCAUAGAGAAGCUGUCACUGGCAGCUAACAACCCGCAGGCCUCCCUGUACGGUGUGGUCAACCAGAUACUGUACCCGCUGGUGCAGGGCUGCGAGUCCAAGGACCUCAAAAUUAUCAAAUUCUGCCUCGGGACAAUCCAGAGGCUAAUAGCUCAGCAGGGCAUUGAUGCCAAAGGAGCCCGACACGUGGUUGACUGUUUGUACACACUGGGACAGGCUGGAGUCUUGGAGCUGAAGCUACUCCAAACGGCUGCUUUGCUUAUGACAACGUCUGAUUUGGUGCAUGGAGACACACUAGCCAGGACAAUGGUAAUGUGCAUGAGGAUGGUGACGAACAGCGAAACGCGUGAUGUCAGCACGGCCAUGCGGGCCGCGGCUACCGUGCGGCAACUGGUCGCACUCGUGUUCGAACGGGCCCUGGCUGAGGAUCAGAAGAGUCCGGGCUCUGUUAGAACGCUUAAAGUCAACCCAGCCGAUGUAAGGCCACAGACGAACAGCAAGGCCCCCAAAGACAUGAAGCCCUGCGCAGUGGACGCCUACCUCAUUUUACAAGAUAUAAUCCAGCUGGUGAACGGCGACGCGCCGCACUGGCUGGUCGGUAUCUCGGACGUGCCAAAGACAUUCGGACUGGAACUGCUCGACACAGUGUUGACUGACUUUUCACCCGUUUUCUUCAAGAUAGCAGAAUUUAGGUUUUUGUUAAAGGAACAUGUUUGCGCGUUGAUUAUAAGGCUGUUUUCACCAAAUGUUAAAUACAGACGAGGCACAACUCUACAGCAACGCUCACACCUACACAUACCGGGGGCCACCGGAGCCGCCGGCCCGGGCGGCCCCGAGCGGCCGCACUACCCCGUCACCAUGCGGCUGCUGCGGCUAGUCCUAGUGCUCGUGCACCAGUACCAUGCCCUGUUGGUGACUGAAUGCGAGAUCUUCCUAUCGUUAACGAUCAAGUUCCUGGACCCGGAUAAACCGCUGUGGCAGCGGGCGCUGGCACUUGAAGUUUUACACAAAAUGACCAUACAGCCCAAACUCCUGGUAUCGUUCUGCUCCUGCUACGACCUGCGUCCACACGCCACGAACAUCUUCCAAGACAUCGUGAACGCGCUCGGCGCGUAUGUCCAAAGCUUAUUCGUGGCCAGCCAAGUGAACACGUGCGCCGGUGCACAAGGCAUACCCCAGCAGUCGGGCUUCUACUGGAAAGGAGUAUGGCUCCCGCUAUGCGUCACGUUCGAGCCCGGCACCGCCAAGUCUGUGUACUUGGAAAUGCUGGACCGCAACGAAGCACCAACAAUACAGGAUGGCUACGGCAUUUCGGUCGCGUACGCGUGCCUCAUGGAAAUUAUCCGGUCUAUUGCCAUCACUGUCGAAGGGGACGAGUACUUCAGGUUGCAAGAACUGUACGCUGAUUUGCCGAACGAAAGCGAAGAGAAGGAAAUUAACUCAAAUAAAAAUGGAAACCACGAGAAAGAAACAAACGCCGAAACCAAAGAAGUGACGAACAACGUCCACAACGAGAACUCGGACCAGAACUCCAACGUCGUGGAGCCCAUUAUAGAAGACGUGGAAGAGAAGGAACGGCAGCUGAAGUUGCAGCUACUAAAAUCAUCGUGGUGCGGCCUAGUUUGGGGCCUGUCCGUGCUGGCCGAGGCGAGCAUCGGCGAACUAGAGAACAUUCUGCGUGCCAUACAGACUCUGGCUAGGGUCAGCGGAAAGGUGGGGCACACAGUGGGGCGCGACGCGUGCAUCUCCGCGCUGUGCCGCGCCGCGCUGCCCGCGCAGUACUGCGUGCCGGCGCUGGGCGCGCUGCCCUGCCCGUGGCGGCGCGACGCCGCGCCCGCGCCCGACACCGACCACCGCCACCAGGUCGUGUGGGUCGGCACGCCGCUGCCGCAACAUGCUCCCCAGUCAGGUACAUACUGCCGGGUGGGGCACACAGUGGGGCGCGACGCGUGCAUCUCCGCGCUGUGCCGCGCCGCGCUGCCCGCGCAGUACUGCGUGCCGGCGCUGGGCGCGCUGCCCUGCCCGUGGCGGCGCGACGCCGCGCCCGCGCCCGACACCGACCACCGCCACCAGGUCGUGUGGGUCGGCACGCCGCUGCCGCAACAUGCUCCCCAGUCAGGUACAUACUGCCGGGUGGGGCACACAGUGGGGCGCGACGCGUGCAUCUCCGCGCUGUGCCGCGCCGCGCUGCCCGCGCAGUACUGCGUGCCGGCGCUGGGCGCGCUGCCCUGCCCGUGGCGGCGCGACGCCGCGCCCGCGCCCGACACCGACCACCGCCACCAGGUCGUGUGGGUCGGCACGCCGCUGCCGCAACAUGCUCCCCAGUCAGGUACAUACUGCCGGGUGGGGCACACAGUGGGGCGCGACGCGUGCAUCUCCGCGCUGUGCCGCGCCGCGCUGCCCGCGCAGUACUGCGUGCCGGCGCUGGGCGCGCUGCCCUGCCCGUGGCGGCGCGACGCCGCGCCCGCGCCCGACACCGACCACCGCCACCAGGUCGUGUGGGUCGGCACGCCGCUGCCGCAACAUGCUCCCCAGUCAGGUACAUACUGCCGGGUGGGGCACACAGUGGGGCGCGACGCGUGCAUCUCCGCGCUGUGCCGCGCCGCGCUGCCCGCGCAGUACUGCGUGCCGGCGCUGGGCGCGCUGCCCUGCCCGUGGCGGCGCGACGCCGCGCCCGCGCCCGACACCGACCACCGCCACCAGGUCGUGUGGGUCGGCACGCCGCUGCCGCAACAUGCUCCCCAGUCAGGUACAUACUGCCGGGUGGGGCACACAGUGGGGCGCGACGCGUGCAUCUCCGCGCUGUGCCGCGCCGCGCUGCCCGCGCAGUACUGCGUGCCGGCGCUGGGCGCGCUGCCCUGCCCGUGGCGGCGCGACGCCGCGCCCGCGCCCGACACCGACCACCGCCACCAGGUCGUGUGGGUCGGCACGCCGCUGCCGCAACAUGCUCCCCAGUCAGGUACAUACUGCCGGGUGGGGCACACAGUGGGGCGCGACGCGUGCAUCUCCGCGCUGUGCCGCGCCGCGCUGCCCGCGCAGUACUGCGUGCCGGCGCUGGGCGCGCUGCCCUGCCCGUGGCGGCGCGACGCCGCGCCCGCGCCCGACACCGACCACCGCCACCAGAUCGUGUGGGUCGGCACGCCGCUGCCGCAACAUGCUCCCCAGUCAGGUACAUACUGCCGGGUGGGGCACACAGUGGGGCGCGACGCGUGCAUCUCCGCGCUGUGCCGCGCCGCGCUGCCCGCGCAGUACUGCGUGCCGGCGCUGGGCGCGCUGCCCUGCCCGUGGCGGCGCGACGCCGCGCCCGCGCCCGACACCGACCACCGCCACCAGGUCGUGUGGGUCGGCACGCCGCUGCCGCAACAUGCUCCCCAGUCAGGUACAUACUGCCGGGUGGGGCACACAGUGGGGCGCGACGCGUGCAUCUCCGCGCUGUGCCGCGCCGCGCUGCCCGCGCAGUACUGCGUGCCGGCGCUGGGCGCGCUGCCCUGCCCGUGGCGGCGCGACGCCGCGCCCGCGCCCGACACCGACCACCGCCACCAGGUCGUGUGGUGGGGGCGCGACGCGUGCAUCUCCGCGCUGUGCCGCGCCGCGCUGCCCGCGCAGUACUGCGUGCCGGCGCUGGGCGCGCUGCCCUGCCCGUGGCGGCGCGACGCCGCGCCCGCGCCCGACACCGACCACCGCCACCAGGUCGUGUGGGUCGGCACGCCGCUGCCGCAACAUGCUCCCCAGUCAGGUACAUACUGCCGGGUGGGGCACACAGUGGGGCGCGACGCGUGCAUCUCCGCGCUGUGCCGCGCCGCGCUGCCCGCGCAGUACUGCGUGCCGGCGCUGGGCGCGCUGCCCUGCCCGUGGCGGCGCGACGCCGCGCCCGCGCCCGACACCGACCACCGCCACCAGGUCGUGUGGGUCGGCACGCCGCUGCCGCAACAUGCUCCCCAGUCAGGUACAUACUGCCGGGUGGGGCACACAGUGGGGCGCGACGCGUGCAUCUCCGCGCUGUGCCGCGCCGCGCUGCCCGCGCAGUACUGCGUGCCGGCGCUGGGCGCGCUGCCCUGCCCGUGGCGGCGCGACGCCGCGCCCGCGCCCGACACCGACCACCGCCACCAGGUCGUGUGGGUCGGCACGCCGCUGCCGCAACAUGCUCCCCAGUCAGGUACAUACUGCCGGGUGGGGCACACAGUGGGGCGCGACGCGUGCAUCUCCGCGCUGUGCCGCGCCGCGCUGCCCGCGCAGUACUGCGUGCCGGCGCUGGGCGCGCUGCCCUGCCCGUGGCGGCGCGACGCCGCGCCCGCGCCCGACACCGACCACCGCCACCAGGUCGUGUGGGUCGGCACGCCGCUGCCGCAACAUGCUCCCCAGUCAGGUACAUACUGCCGGGUGGGGCACACAGUGGGGCGCGACGCGUGCAUCUCCGCGCUGUGCCGCGCCGCGCUGCCCGCGCAGUACUGCGUGCCGGCGCUGGGCGCGCUGCCCUGCCCGUGGCGGCGCGACGCCGCGCCCGCGCCCGACACCGACCACCGCCACCAGGUCGUGUGGGUCGGCACGCCGCUGCCGCAACAUGCUCCCCAGUCAGGUACAUACUGCCGGGUGGGGCACACAGUGGGGCGCGACGCGUGCAUCUCCGCGCUGUGCCGCGCCGCGCUGCCCGCGCAGUACUGCGUGCCGGCGCUGGGCGCGCUGCCCUGCCCGUGGCGGCGCGACGCCGCGCCCGCGCCCGACACCGACCACCGCCACCAGGUCGUGUGGGUCGGCACGCCGCUGCCGCAACAUGCUCCCCAGUCAGGUACAUACUGCCGGGUGGGGCACACAGUGGGGCGCGACGCGUGCAUCUCCGCGCUGUGCCGCGCCGCGCUGCCCGCGCAGUACUGCGUGCCGGCGCUGGGCGCGCUGCCCUGCCCGUGGCGGCGCGACGCCGCGCCCGCGCCCGACACCGACCACCGCCACCAGGUCGUGUGGGUCGGCACGCCGCUGCCGCAACAUGCUCCCCAGUCAGGCCAGCAGCAGUCAUUCGUGAUGGUGACCUCCCGCCACGUGACCGCCAUGAAGGCCCUGCUCUACGCGGCACAGCGCGAUGGCGACAGCAUUCAGCAGGCCUGGCUACCGGUCCUCACCACCCUGCAGCACCUGGUAUGGAUCCUAGGCCUGAAGCCCUCGACAGGUGGAUCCAUGAAGGCGUCCCGCGCCAGCGCCGACGCCAAUGCGGUCAUGAGCACCUCCGCUGUCAUGGCCGAUCUGCCAGCGCUGUCAGCCAUGCUGUCAGGCGUGUUCGAGUCCUCGAAGAACCUCGACGAUGUUGCGUUGCACCAUCUGAUUGACGCGCUGUGUAAGCUCAGCAACGAGGCCAUGGAACUCGCCUAUUCUAACAGGGAACCAUCCCUAUUCGCAGUUGCCAAAUUACUCGAAACCGGCUUAGCCAACAUGCACAGGAUAGAAGUCAUGUGGAGACCCAUCACCAACCAUCUGUUAGAAUGCUGGGCUGCGCCGGCCCGCGCUGCCUCCGCCGCGUGCUGACCGCGGCCGCCGCCUUCGCGCUGCAGACCCGGGACCUCAACAUCAGCCUCACGGCCGUCGGCCUCAUGGUGAGUCACUACUACCAGUGGUCGUCAGCGACUUGCUGGGCUGCGCCGGCCCGCGCUGCCUCCGCCGCCGACUUGCUGGGCUGCGCCGGCCCGCGCUGCCUCCGCCGCGUGCUGACCGCGGCCGCCGCCUUCGCGCUGCAGACCCGGGACCUCAACAUCAGCCUCACGGCCGUCGGCCUCAUGCGACUUGCUGGGCUGCGCCGGCCCGCGCUGCCUCCGCCGCGUGCUGACCGCGGCCGCCGCCUUCGCGCUGCAGACCCGGGACCUCAACAUCAGCCUCACGGCCGUCGGCCUCAUGGUGAGUCACUACUACCAGUGGUCGUCAGCGACUUGCUGGGCUGCGCCGGCCCGCGCUGCCUCCGCCGCGUGCUGACCGCGGCCGCCGCCUUCGCGCUGCAGACCCGGGACCUCAACAUCAGCCUCACGGCCGUCGGCCUCAUGCGACUUGCUGGGCUGCGCCGGCCCGCGCUGCCUCCGCCGCGUGCUGACCGCGGCCGCCGCCUUCGCGCUGCAGACCCGGGACCUCAACAUCAGCCUCACGGCCGUCGGCCUCAUGGUGAGUCACUACUACCAGUGGUCGUCAGCGACUUGCUGGGCUGCGCCGGCCCGCGCUGCCUCCGCCGCGUGCUGACCGCGGCCGCCGCCUUCGCGCUGCAGACCCGGGACCUCAACAUCAGCCUCACGGCCGUCGGCCUCAUGCGACUUGCUGGGCUGCGCCGGCCCGCGCUGCCUCCGCCGCGUGCUGACCGCGGCCGCCGCCUUCGCGCUGCAGACCCGGGACCUCAACAUCAGCCUCACGGCCGUCGGCCUCAUGGUGAGUCACUACUACCAGUGGUCGUCAGCGACUUGCUGGGCUGCGCCGGCCCGCGCUGCCUCCGCCGCGUGCUGACCGCGGCCGCCGCCUUCGCGCUGCAGACCCGGGACCUCAACAUCAGCCUCACGGCCGUCGGCCUCAUGGUGAUCACUACUACCAGUGGUCGUCAGCGACUUGCUGGGCUGCGCCGGCCCGCGCUGCCUCCGCCGCGUGCUGACCGCGGCCGCCGCCUUCGCGCUGCAGACCCGGGACCUCAACAUCAGCCUCACGGCCGUCGGCCUCAUGGUGAGUCACUACUACCAGUGGUCGUCAGCGACUUGCUGGGCUGCGCCGGCCCGCGCUGCCUCCGCCGCGUGCUGACCGCGGCCGCCGCCUUCGCGCUGCAGACCCGGGACCUCAACAUCAGCCUCACGGCCGUCGGCCUCAUGUGGAAUAUAUCGGACUACCUAUACCAUAACCGGGACAAAUUGACCGCAGCACUAGCGAACGACGCGGCUAUCUGUCCCGAAGUACCCAACCAUGCCGAACUACCCCCUUUGGAUAAACUGUGGAUGUGUCUCUACAUUCGACUAAGUGAGUUGUGUACGGAACCCCGAGCACCAGUCCGUCGCGCCGCCAGCCAGACCCUGUUCAGCUGCAUCGGCGCCCACGGGACCUUGCUGGGCAAGCCCGCCUGGCGGGCGCUGCUGGCGGUACUCUUCCCCAUGCUGGAGCAGGUCCAAAAACAAUCGAAUAUAGCGAGUUCAGAAAAGGUGGACACCGGGGAACACAUACUUAUACAUCACACCAGAAACACGGCCCAGAAACAGUGGGCUGAGACACAGGUGCUGACAUUAUCAGGGGUGUCGCGCGUGUUCCACUCGCGAUUCCAGCUGCUUGUCACCGUGGGGGAUUUCAACAGGUCUUGGGCAGCCCUGCUGGACUAUAUCACUGACUUCGCUUUAAGGAAGAGUCAUGAGGUGUCCGUAGCUGCGCUGAAGUCGUUCCAAGAAGUAGUGUCAGCAGCUGGACGCGCUGCAGAAGCGGACCCUGACAGCGUCCUACAGAAGAGGGUCUGGAGCUGCGCCUGGACCGCCUGGACCCGGAUAGCACAAGCUGUCCCCAACACUGACCCAGGUUACAUAAUAUCCGUAGCAGCACUCAAGUCGUUCCAAGAAGUAGUCUCAGCAGCUGGACGCGCCGCAGAAGCGGACCCUGACAGCGUCCUACAGAAGAGGGUCUGGAGCUGCGCCUGGACCGCCUGGACCCGGAUAGCACAAGCUGUAUCCGUAGCAGCACUCAAGUCGUUCCAAGAAGUAGUCUCAGCAGCUGGACGCGCCGCAGAAGCGGACCCUGACAGCGUCCUACAGAAGAGGGUCUGGAGCUGCGCCUGGACCGCCUGGACCCGGAUAGCACAAGCUAUAUCCGUAGCAGCACUCAAGUUACAAAUAGCUGUGUCCCCUCAGGUAUCCGUAGCAGCACUCAAGUCGUUCCAAGAAGUAGUCUCAGCAGCUGGACGCGCCGCAGAAGCGGACCCUGACAGCGUCCUACAGAAGAGGGUCUGGAGCUGCGCCUGGACCGCCUGGACCCGGAUAGCACAAGCUGUACCCAACACUGACCCAGUGCCCGAGGACGGCAAGACGGCGGACACGUACGCGCCCUCACUGAACUUCCUCACGACACUAGUCCAGAUCUUCCCGCUCAUCUUCCAGCACAUACGACCAACGUUCACAGGCGCGGACGUGGAAAAACUCGGCGCGUGCCUGUGUCGCAUAUGUAGCGUGCAGCCCGCGCCGUGCGCGCUCGACUCGCUGCCCGCGCCGGCCGCCUGCGCGCCCGUCAGCCUGCACGCGCUGCACGCCAUAGACACGGUCCAUAAGGUAAUGUAUAACUCGGUGCGUGCCUGUGUCGCAUAUGUAGCGUGCAGCCCGCGCCGUGCGCGCUCGACUCGCUGCCCGCGCCGGCCGCCUGCGCGCCCCGUGCAGCCCGCGCCGUGCGCGCUCGACUCGCUGCCCGCGCCGGCCGCCUGCGCGCCCGUCAGCCUGCACGCGCUGCACGCCAUAGACACGGUCCAUAAGCCCGCGCCGUGCGCGCUCGACUCGCUGCCCGCGCCGGCCGCCUGCGCGCCCGUCAGCCUGCACGCGCUGCACGCCAUAGACACGGUCCAUAAGCCCGCGCCGUGCGCGCUCGACUCGCUGCCCGCGCCGGCCGCCUGCGCGCCCGUCAGCCUGCACGCGCUGCACGCCAUAGACACGGUCCAUAAGCCCGCGCCGUGCGCGCUCGACUCGCUGCCCGCGCCGGCCGCCUGCGCGCCCGUCAGCCUGCACGCGCUGCACGCCAUAGACACGGUCCAUAAGCCCGCGCCGUGCGCGCUCGACUCGCUGCCCGCGCCGGCCGCCUGCGCGCCCGUCAGCCUGCACGCGCUGCACGCCAUAGACACGGUCCAUAAGGAAGCGCUAUCCCGGCACGAGCUGCUGCCGGCGCUGUUCUCCGCCUUGACGGCCCUCGCCCGGACGUGUUCGGGCGCGGCGCGCACGCGCUGCCUGGCCGCCGCCGCGCAGCUGUACCAGGCCGCGCCGUCCGCCUCCGCGCCCGCCGCGCCGCACCUGCUGCAGGCUUUACACGCAGCUGUGAAGAAGUCCAUAGCGGACAAGAGAAGACAGACCAUCGACACACCAGACGACACGUCGCAGAUCUCCACACUACUGUUACAAGUAUUAGCAACGGGUCUACCGCUAGCGAGAGAACAACCAGACGUGUACGAAGAAUUCUGGGAAACAUUGCCUGGUGUCUUAGAAACCUUCAUGUUUGAAGCGCCCGGCACCGGUACAGACGGCUGCGCCCGAGCGUUAGUAGGCGUGAUCCGCGACGAGAUCCUGCGAGGCUCCCCCCGCGUGCCCGCGCGCCAUGUCCGCGCCGCGCUGGCGCUGGUCCGCGCGGGCUCGCUGCACACGCAGCCGCCUCCACCUCUAGUGAUCCGCGACGAGAUCCUGCGAGGCUCCCCCCGCGUGCCCGCGCGCCAUGUCCGCGCCGCGCUGGCGCUGGUCCGCGCGGGCUCGCUGCACACGCAGCCGCCUCCACCUCUAGUGAUCCGCGACGAGAUCCUGCGAGGCUCCCCCCGCGUGCCCGCGCGCCAUGUCCGCGCCGCGCUGGCGCUGGUCCGCGCGGGCUCGCUGCACACGCAGCCGCCUCCACCUCUAGUGAUCCGCGACGAGAUCCUGCGAGGCUCCCCCCGCGUGCCCGCGCGCCAUGUCCGCGCCGCGCUGGCGCUGGUCCGCGCGGGCUCGCUGCACACGCAGCCGCCUCCACCUCUAGUAGUGAUCCGCGACGAGAUCCUGCGAGGCUCCCCCCGCGUGCCCGCGCGCCAUGUCCGCGCCGCGCUGGCGCUGGUCCGCGCGGGCUCGCUGCACACGCAGCCGCCUCCACCUCAGAACGAAUUGGAGCUCCGGGAGAGAGAAGAGUUCGCGCGCGCGUGCUUCGAGACCCUGCUGCAGUUCUCCAUGCUCGAGGACGUCGCGUUGUCGGGCGUCGAAGAUGAGCAAGACCCAUUAGCGAUAGCAGCGUUACUCGAUAGGUUCCAAGAAGUCAUAUCGAAAUACUCAAGAGACGAAGACAACAGCGAACCUCUGCCUAGGCAUCAUCUAUCAGAGAUCUCGUUCGUGCUGAAAGCAGUGGCCACGCUGGCAGAGUCCAUGCAGCAAGCGCCGCGCAGUAAGGUCGACCCGGCCGCGUGGCAGAAGCUAAUAGGUUUAUACCCGGCGCUGGUGUCGCUGGCGUGCGGCGGGCGCGCGGCGGCGGCGCGCGGCGCGCUGCGCGAGGCGCUGCGGCAGUUCGGCGCGCUGCUCGCCGCGCCGCCCUAGCGCCGGACCGUCUACACCAUACACAUCUAGAAAACAUCACGUGACGAGACCGGCGCGGGCCAUACAUUCCCGGAAGCAACGAAUCGUGAAGGCCCUGGCUUCCCAGUACUGUUAGUAUGAAGGCUAGGCCUGCGUAUAAAAUACUCCUCAGUCAGAUUUGGAAGGCUGCAGUUUUGUAUUGAUAUGAGAAUGUGUGUGUUAAAAUUCGUUUCGGUGUGCUGUUUACAUUUUACGUUUAUGAUCUUGUCUGAAACAUGCUGUACCCUAAAUAUGUGGCAUGACAAUUCAAAUGAAGAAACGGUCAAGUUGCCGUAGAGUAGACCUAAUUUCCUAUGUUGGCCGAACGUUAAUUAGAAUUGACCAUUAACCAUUACAAAUUGAACCGUAAACCGUCCAAUUUGUAAUGGUUAAUGGUCAAUUCUAAUUAACGAUCGGCCAACACUGCUAAUUUCAGUCUAACAUGGUUUAAGAUCAUUUAUUUUAUUAUUGAAUAGUACAGGCAGCUGCAAGUACAUCUUAACUACUAGAAUCAGGGAUCGGAAACCGGUAUUUUUUGUAUGGGAACGAAAACGGUAUUUUUUCGUUCUUUGUUAAUUAUUUCAUUCCUAAUCGGGCAAUCUAAUAAUACGAAGUCGUUAUCUAAAAACACAACUGAGUCCUACAUUUUGAGUAUAAAAUAAACCGAAAUAUAUGGUUAUCUCGAUGUUUUUGCAAAAAACCGGUUCCGAUCCCUGACUAGAAUAUCUCGAUAUCGACUAUAUUAUAAUCAGAAUAAAGUCGAUAAGAUACUUCGAACUUUUUCGAGGCGUUCUCACUUUUGCAACUGACUGAAGCACAGUUCCAAAUCUGACGUGCGGGUGACACGAAAUGUUGAUUAUGACUAGUAAUAUUUGUUUGUAAAUAACUAAUGCACUUAACUUAUAUAAAAUGGGCACCGAGUUAGAAAUCAUCAGAAUGGCAAUAAAUAUUAUUUAGACCUCAUUUUGUUUAUUUUCAAUAUUAUGGACUAAUUUUACUUUUUAUUCGUGUGAUAACAUGCCAAUUCCAUAAAGUAUCAGUAAAUAUGCGUUAGUUAGAAUUGAAAUUGAAAUCUAGUAGAUAAUAUUAUUGUAGCAAUUUGGUUCAUGCGCAUACGGUCUUUUAAGUAUACUUUAAAUUUAAUUUGUUUUAAAAUUUUAGGGUGACACAAAAUACUUCCAUCUAGUGAUUUUUCCAAUUCAUAUUAGACUUACAGAUUUUGAUUCACAUAAGUAAAAUAGUGGCUUAAUAAAAGGCUUGACGUAUCAUUAAAAGACUAAAAUGGUUCCUAAAUUACUACUUCACUUCUAGAAAAAUAGGUGAUAACUAACUACUAACUGUACUUUAUUUUGAGUCACCCUACUAGUUUUCAAAGGUAAUCAAAUCUGAUGUCUAUAGUUAUUGCCGUAUGAAAUAAUCGACAAAUAAAAAUAGGUAGAAUAUGACAUUUAGCUUAGCAUAGCUAGAUGUAGUUUUGUAUUUUAAUAGAUGUUUUGCGGUUACCCGUUUUGCUAGUACAUCCUUACACACAGCCACUUUGAGAAAUAUAAUAUGAAAUCCUUGUUCAUUGUCGUUAAAUUCGUUCAUUGCUCGCUAAUCAAGUAAAUUAUAUCAUUUUUCCCGAUAGUUUUAUGACAGUGCAAUUAUCAAUACCAAUUUAAAAAAUAUGUUUUUUUUUAAUUGUUCACCUCACCACCGCGUGGUAAAUACUACAUUCAAAAGAUUAUAAACUUGCAUCAAAUUUAUGUACGAUUUUAGACAAUUAGCUAAAAUUAUUUUAAAAAAAAUGAUAAAGUAUUAUUUAUUCCAAAUUAUUAUUUUAGCUUUAAGACCAUCCUAAGUAUAACUAUCGGUAUCGUAAUAGUUUUCCAAAAAUUGUUGAACUGCAAGUAGUUUUAAAUUAUAUGAUAAAAAUUACAAUGCUCACUAAAUAAAGUUCAUUUCAAAGAUCUUAUUAAACAAGAUCACAAAUCUUAUCUUAUUAAUAGUGUAGUAUAUAUAAUUUUUAUCGUACAAUUUAAAACUACUUGCAGGGGACAUUAUGGGAUGUAAAAAACGACAUCUACCAUAAAAGUAAUAGAUCUAACGGGUUUCUAAGUAACAAUGCGCUACCCCACAAUCAUUAAAUUAUCGUAUAAUUUGUAGCGUAGCCAUAAUAGCUUUACAAUUCAAGUGAAAUAAGCUUCCAUUUAUACCAAUUAUUAGAUUUUAUUUCAUGUUAAAAAAUAUUGUAUUUUUUUUUUUUGGCAAAAACGAGAAUUGGUCACAAAAUUGUACCACUAAGAACGAAGCUUGAAGAAACCGCAUCAAAACAGGUCUAACAGUUUUCAAGUUUACACUUAACAUGUAUUGUGCGGCAAAAUCUCGUUUUUAUCAACUAAAACAAUAUUUUUAUGCUCAGCGGCUGAAUACCUUCCAUUUUAAAUUAUAUGCGUUUUUAAGUGCUAAUACUUUUAUAAAAACUUAUUUAAUUUUAAUUAUUAACUGGUGUAAUAAAAUUGCAUCACAUUGUAUUUAACAGUAGGUUUUUUAUGUAGCAAAGUAAAUUUAAGUAAAUAUGAGUGAUUGAAUGUUUGUUUUGCUGAUGGUAGUUCAAGAGUUUUACAAGUGGUUUGUAAUUUUAUAGACAUGCAUUAGAAAUAUGUUUUUAUUAGAAGUAAAAAUAAAUACAAUAUCUCAUCAUUAACUCAACUUCGACCGAGACAAAGAUUAAUUAUAUAAUUCUUUGAUUUGAAAGUAAAAAUAACUUAGAUUACACGUGUGUGCAACAGUGAACAUUGUAAUACGUUGAAUGUGUAUUCCCAUUCCUAUUUGCAGUGUUGGCCGAACGUUAAUUAGAAUUGACCAUUAACCAUUACAAAUUGAACCGUACACCGUAACGGACUGUUACAAUUUACGGUUCAAUUUGUAAUGGUUAAAGGUCAAUUCUAAUUAACGUUCGGCCAACACAGCCUAUUUGUCCCCGCCCCACGUGAUCGCCGCCAUACAUGAGGAUACAGAUGAGAUGAUUUAUAUGUAGCGCCCAUCUGUGCCCGGCGGGGACAAAUGGGAAUUCACCCGUUUCAUAGAGAAAUAAGAAGUAAUAGAGUGCUCACUCCAUACAUCAGUUUUGGUACCAAAAUGCUUAUUAUAUUCGCAGUCGACAUCUAGCAUCGAGUAGCGGAAUAGCGAGUAGCGGAGUAGCAGUUUGUUUGCCGCGAUAUCUAUUGUCGAGUAGCAGUACUGAGAGUUCCGCUACUCGAUGCUAGAUGUCGACUGCGAAUAUAAUAGUCAUUUUGGUACCAAGACUAAUGUAUGGAGUGAGCACUCUAUUACUUCUUAUUUCUCUAUGCCCGUUUAAGGACAUAUAAGAGCAAGAUUUUGUCAAAAUUAUAAAAGUUUUUAAUUUUCACAUAAAAUUACCGUCGCCGAAGUAUACGUCUUAACAAUUUCAGCAUAUAAAUGAGGUUUUAAAUUAGAAAUAUUGUAUCGAAGUAUGCAAGAAUUGUGUCAAACUAAAUGUAUAGAUUGUGUCAUUCACGAAGACGCAUGCCUUGACACCUAUUGUAAUGUUAUUAAAGGUUAAAUUUGACAAAUCCGCGCGUCAUCGUGGAUGACACGAAGUACGAACUAUGUAAACCGCGUACCUAUUUGAAUACAAUAAGCAUUUUAAGUGAUCUAAACCAUUAGCUGAUUCGAAGCUCGCGCAGAUCCGCCUCCACCAUGUUGUCGCUCCAGAAAAGUGGCGCUGUCUUGUGUCGGAGGCCAAGUCUCAUUUUGGGUCGCUGAGCCAACGGAGUAAGUAAGUAAGUAAACCAUUAGCUGACUGUAUAGUUGUGGUAAGAUAUAUCGGUACGGCCAAAGUGUCCACAAAUAUCUGAACAUAGUCUCUAUUAUCAAGACGUUAAGUGUGUGUUCAGAUCUUUUUGAGCACCUCGGCCGCUCCGAUAUGUCUGAUGGUGGACAUAGUUAACUGACCAUUCUUAAUUAACUUAUUAACAAAUAAAUAAUGUCAACUAAUAAUUAUAGUCUGUUAAAAAUUCAAAUUGUCUAUGGGACGAUAACGGCGCCUAAGUUUUUUAAAUUUGCCAUUUUUUUCUACUGACGGAAAUGGCUUGACAGACUAUAGUUGAGCUUAUUGCUGUUACGUGGCUAUCACACUUAUGCGGAUCUGCACGCCGCUCCGGAAUGUAGAUGAGACAGAGCUAUGCACGUAUAUAACGAUGUCCCGCUCACAGACCAGAUCUAAUGUGAAUAAUGGUUUAGUACCGAUUAUUUUAGUAGUCACGGACUUUAAUCGUUGAGCCAUUUAGGGUUUACUUUAAAUUUGACAUUUCAUACCCUUAGUAUUGACAGCCAAAUCAGUUUGAACCCUAAAUGGAUCGACAAUCCAUACGACAUGGUUCUUCGUUCUUAGCAUAGACUGCGAGUAGAAAUGGCAGCGAUACAUUGUGUUUAUUAAAGGAGUGCAAUGCGUAGAGACUUGUAAAUUAAGUUAUAUUUGGUGCGUUGCUGUUAUUUGAAUAAAUGAAAUGAACAGUA